AUGAUGUUUGCCGCUGCUGUCCCGCGAGCCCUUCGCCCUGCUUCUGUUACCACGCGCCCUCUCAGCGCCGCUCUGCUGCGCCGUGGCCUGGCCACCGAGUCGAAUGCCCCGACGUCCGCGUACAACAAAGAGAAGGAUGCGGACGGCCUGUACACAGUCACGCUUUUCUCGGGUGACGGUAUCGGUCCGGAGGUGUCGGGCGCCGUCAAGUCUAUCUACGAGGCCGCGAAGGUGCCCAUCCGCUGGGAGGAGGCGGACGUGACUCCCUCGAUCAACAGUUACGGCAAGCAGGUGAUCCCCGACGAGACGAUUGCGUCGGUGCGCCGGAACACGGUGGCGCUCAAGGGCCCGCUUGCGACGCCCAUCGGCAAGGGCCACGUGUCGCUCAACCUGACUCUGCGCCGCACCUUUAACCUGUUUGCGAAUGUGCGUCCCUGUGUCUCGAUCCAGGGCUUCAAGACGCCCUACGACAAUGUGAACACGGUGCUGAUCCGUGAGAACACCGAGGGCGAGUACUCGGGUAUCGAGCACGAGGUCGUCGACGGUGUCGUGCAGAGCAUCAAGCUCAUCACCUACGAGGCGUCGGAGCGUGUGGCGCGCUACGCCUUUUACCACGCCCAGCAGAACGGCCGCUCGCGCGUCACGGCCGUGCACAAGGCGCCCAUCAUGAAGAUGUCGGACGGCAUGUUCCUCACUGCGUGCCGCAACGUCGCGAAGGAGUACCCUGACAUUGAGUACGACGAGGACUUGCUCGACCGUGCAUGCCUGCACAUUGUCCGCGACCCGACGCCGUACUCGGACCGCGUCAUGGUCAUGCCCAACCUGUACGGUGACAUUCUCUCGGACAUGUGCGCGGGUCUCAUUGGCGGUCUCGGUCUGACGCCCUCGGGCAACAUUGGCCGCGAUGCGUCGAUCUUCGAGGCCGUCCACGGCUCGGCCCCCGAUAUUGCCGGCAAGGACAAGGCGAACCCGACCGCGCUGCUUCUCUCGUCGAUCAUGAUGCUCCGCCACAUGCACCUGUUCGAGCACGCCGACCGGAUCGAGCGCGCCAUCUUUGACACGAUCGCCGCUGGCGAGCGCACUGGCGACCUCGGCGGCAAGCUCGGCACGCGUGCCUUUACCGAGCGCAUCAUCUCGCGCCUCUAA